UAAAGGAGUGUACUCAUUCAGUUUGUAAAAUCGACAGGCAUUAUUCUCUGUCAAGAAGGGUUCCAGACAUCUGGGAUGGAUUUGUUUAAUUUUAGGUCGCUUGUCAUUUUGCUGUCAGCAGCUGGAUGCUGCAACGGGCAGAGCGUACUGCCCGCAGGCCCGUUGGAGGGAGUACAGGGAAAGAACGUCACGUUCAAAACCCUCAUCAUGCCCACAGAUGUAGGCGACUUUAUCACAGUAUCUUGGAAUUUCAACGGUGGUAGUGGACUUGUACCCGUUGUCACUUCUGCGCCCAAAGGAGAGACAGUUGGCGCUGGCUACGCAGGAAGAGUGUCACUGAAUUCAUCCACCGGUGUAUUGAAGCUGGGGCCCUUGACGGCGAAGGAUAGCGGGGACUAUGCGGUGACCAUGGUCACAAGUGCUGCAGUACAGCGCACAGGUGUAACGGCGCUCAAAGUUCUAGAACCGGUCACUGUCGUGACCAUCAAUUCCAACCUGAAUGAAGCGGUCGAGUUCAACAGCACUGUGGUCUUGACCUGUUCGGCCAAAGGCUCCUUCCUCACGUACAAGUGGCUCAACGGCACCGCCCCGCUGGUGGCUGACGGGAAUCAUGUGACUUUGAGUGCAAACGCAACAGUGCUAACCGUGGCUGGAGUGUUCAGGAAGGAUCUGGUCGGACCCAUCUACUGCACAGCCUCCAACAAAUUAGAGAGCGAUACCAGUGCUCCCUUCAACCUCACUGUCAGCUAUGGGCCAGAAAACAUCGCCAUGACUGUCACCCCCACGGCUGAGGUCCAAAAGAAGGGUUCCAACAUUACAUUGACCUGCUCAGCCCAGUCUAGCCCUGCGGCUGUGAUUCAGUGGAUCCACAAUGGAGUCCCGCUCAAUGUGAUGGGCCCCAAGCUGGUACUGGCCAACAUUGCCGAGGCACAGAGUGGAAACUACUCCUGCAUGGCCAGCAAUGCCAAAACCUUGCGAUACCUGGAAUCCACCACAGCCAAGUUCACUGUAGUAGAGGCCAUAUCGGGCACUAAGAUCACAGGCCCCAAUGGAACGCUCGUUGCCGGUAACAGCACGGCCACCCUGAUCUGCCAGGCAAGUGCCGGCACCGCCGGCACCCGAGUGUGGCUGAAGAAUGGCGUGGCUCUGUCUCCUAGCAACAGGGUCGUGGUCUCGGCAGACAAGAGCUCGGUCACGAUCAAGCCAGUGCAGAAGGAGGACAGUGGGGAGUACCAGUGCAAGCUGACCAAUGCUGUGAACACAGACUCUGCCAGUCUCAAGAUAGGGGUAAACUUUGGUCCUGAGGCUGUGUCGGUGAAGGGGGAUACUGCCGUAGAGGUGAAUGACCGUGUCACGCUGAAGUGUACCUCAGUCUCCCUCCCUGCUGCCACCUACACCUGGAAGUUCAACGGGACGCGGACCGACGUGAUGACAGCCGAGUACAUCAUCGAAGCCGCUGUGUACAAGAACACUGGGAUUUACACUUGUGAAGCCAGCAACGCCAUCACCGGGUUGAGCACUGCCGUUGCCCACAAGCUGUCCGUCAAAGAGGAGGGAACACUGGAUAAUGGUCUGACGGGCGGGCAGGUCACUGGGAUCAUCAUCGGCGUGAUUAUCGCCCUAGGGGCCAUCAUCGGUGGAGUUCUCUACAUGAGACGGAAAAAAAGACAGGUCGAGUCGCCAUACUAGAAGAGUGCCCCGAGGAAAGCUGGAGCUAUCAGCCCAAAGAAUCAGCCAAUUAUUCCCCUCCAAGAUCAAUCUCUGCAGUCGGGAAGACCACUCAGGUGGAAACCUCCCCCAGGUCUGUCCAGCCGUACAAGAUAUUCAUCAAAGUCCAUAUAAUCCCAGGGGUCACAACAUCACCCCGUCCCUAACACUCACACAUCAGAAGCCAUGGUCAUCUCCUUUGAAAAUGGUGGUGUCCUUGGGCUUGGAUUGGACCAGAAAGCUCCAACACAUCUAUCCCAUCUAACAUCUAUCUGUCUGUAUGGACUUAUUUUCCUUCACACACCUUCCCUCCUCUCCAUCCAUCCCAUUGGCUAAGGUAAACAGCUUCCAACAGUCCCUGGGAUGCUGACUCUUCCUCUUAUUCCUCUGUUUUGCAAGUCAUUGCUUACAUCAAUUUCUCCACACAUUCCCAGGGAAAUGAAUCGCAUCAUAGACUUGAGCGAUGGUGAGAAACUGGAGGAUGAUUUAGUGGUGUAAUACACUGGAGUCCCAUGGGACUGUAGGGCUUAGUCACUUGGUCACUCCUCACUGAGUACACUCAUCAAGGCGAUUGGGAAAGUAUCGUCUGAAUCUUUCAAACACCUGACGGACACAGGUUCGUAUAUCUGACGUUAUCACAGACAGGUGUCUGCUUGAUCCCAAGGAUUGCUUUUUUUCCCUUUUCUUUUCUGUCGUUACCUCUACAAGAUCUGCUAGUAAGAACUUAAUGUGAAGACAGCAAUGACAAGAUCCAACACGCAGCAAAUAUUCAGGGGAGAAGAAAAAAAAGGUAGGAAUGUUUUUGUGGGCAAAGACAUUCUUUGGUUUUGGAGGGAAAAUGUGUGUGCUUCAGGGCUGUACUACUGAGUUCUGCUAUUUGCUAUAUUCCACUUUUGAAAUGUUUUAAUAAUUAGGCCUUUUUUUUGUAGUUUAAAUCAAAAAAAUACAAAACUGUGUUUUUAGAAACGUGAAUGAACAAGUGACAUUUUAUGUUAACUGUAACACAACCCCUUUUUACCUGCAUCUUAGUUUUGUUUUUGUCACUAGUAUUUAUUUUGUGUAUGUGACAACCGGUCAUACACACCUUCAAUUAGAACACACAGAACUAUGGGUUAAGAGUUCUUUAUCUUUUAAGUUUUCUCCCACCAUUUAAAGUCAAUGGGGGGUUUUGUGUUGCAUGAACAGUACAGGGCAGUUACUCUGGUAGGCCUGGUAAUGUUAAUGUCACUUGGCUGUGGAAGGUGUUUACUCUUGUGGUUUGACCUAUUCUGUUAAAACAUGUAAUUACAUAAAGCAUUCCGUAUAUUCAAACAGAAAGACACACACAUAAAGACAGAUGCACAGACACCAGAACUUGAACACAGUAACCAAAUACACUGAACAAAUAUUUAAACGCAACAUGUAAAGUGUUGGUCCCAUGAUUCAUUAACUGAAAAAAAUAUUCCAGAAAUGUUCCAUCCACACAAAAAGCUUAUUUCUCUCAAAUUUUGUUCACAAAUUUGUUAACAUCCCUGUUAGUGAGAAUUGUAUCCGUUGUCAAGAUAAUCCAUCCACCUGAUAGGUGUGGCAUAUCAGGAAGCUGAUCGAACAGCAUGAUCAUUACACAGGUGCAUCUUGUGCUGGGAACAAUAAAAGGCCACUCUAAAAUGUGCAGUUUUGUCACACAACCCAAUGCCACAGAUGUCUCAACUUUUGAGGGAGCAUGCAAUUGGCAUGCUGACUGCAGGAAUGUCCACCGAAACUGUUGUCAGAGAAUUGAAUAAGCCGCCUCCAACGUCGUUUUAGAGAAUUUGGCAGUAACUCAUUCCGAUUGGCUGGGCCUGGCUCCCCAGUAUGUGGGCCUAUGUCACGUGGCUGCGCCCAUGCCCAGUCAUGUGAAAUCCCUAUAUUAGGGCCUAAUGAAUUUAUUUUAAUUGACUGAUUUUCCUUAUAUGAACUGUAACUCAGUAAAAUCUUAGAAAUUGUUGCAUGUUGCGUUUAUAGUUUUGUUCAGCAUAGGUACAUUGGUCCAAAUUGGUCCUGCCACUGCGUGUAAUAGUCAUUAGUUUUCAUAGAGAUCUAAGUAAGAAACUUGAUUGGCUGAGGAAGAAUGAGAUUGUUCCGUUUUGGUCUCGUUGGUCUAGUUCUUGAAGAUAAACAGGGAGAAAUGGACACCUUUACCUGGACAGUGUUUUAGUGUAGCUGAGCAUUCUUAUUAAAGUGAUAGACCAGCUCUGAUGAAAAAUGGAACAGCAAUAAACUGCUCCCUUUGUAAAUAUGAUUUACUUUAUGUAAAUGUAUACUGUAAUAAAUAUUGUAUUUUUUAGGCUUGACGUUCUGUCAUCUAUUUGGGGUUUCUUGCUUUAUCUUAAUUUGAAUAUUUCAAUUGUCAGAAACUUUCUCAGGUUGUUUACAGAAAGGCGUAUUAUUCUUUAACGACUGACCAGCCUAUAUUCAUAAAUCAUUUUCUCGUUGUAUAGACACGCCUCUGAGAUGUUUUUAUUUAUUCUUCUGUCCUUACUGCGAUUUGCAUUUGUUACAGUCUUGUUUCUUUUCAAAUGGAACUUUCCUACGUAUGUCUAGCUAGCCAACCCCAGUCUCUGUGUUUCCAAACAGCCAAUCACACCUCUCUCUCUUUCUCUCUCUCGUUCCUGGGAUUUGGAAUGACAGAACAUAAAGGCGUUCUUGCUGCAGUUGGUGUGUGUGUGUGCAAUGGUGCUCUCCUCUCCUGCCACACCAGUCCCCCUGUUUCUUCACAGAUAUGCCUCAGAAAGAAAGAACGAAACGAUGUAAAAACCUGCUUUAACAAGAGAAUCCCUGCAGAGGACAUGUGUGCUCAGGGUGGGAAAUCGACACCCUGAGCUCAGGGGUGGGUUAAUUAAAGCAUCCAUAUUUUAUCUGAACCAUAAUAGACUGGAUUUGAAACCACACAUUUACAUUCGAACUGGAUUUGAUCCUCUUGCAGACACAUUCAUAUAAAAUGAGCUAACCUGUCUAGAGUAAUUGGAAAGGGAAUAGGAAUGCACGGUUGGAUGGACAGACACUACAAGGUCCAGGAUGCUCUUGGUGGUGACUAGUCUAGCAGGUUCAUUUGCCUUGAGUCAACAAUGGCUUUUUUUUUAUUUACUUUUGGUCUGGUUGGGUGUUAAAACAAUGGGACAACUGUAUCACUGUACUUGAAUGUAAACCAAAACUCAAUAAAAUGUAAGUGUACAAAAAUA